CCUCUGCUUCCCACACCCACCACGCGCACGCGUCAUCUCUCCACCACGUCAAACACGCGCAGACCCACCUUCCCCUCGCCAGCUUUUGCUCCGGCGAGAUCUCCCCUCUCCUCCCCGCGCCGCGCAGCCAGCCAUGGACGUCGUAGACUCCGUCGUCGACCCGCUCCGGGAGUUCGCCAAGGACAGCGUUCGCCUCGUCAAGCGCUGCCACAAGCCCGACCGCAAGGAGUUCACGAAGGUGGCGGUGCGGACGGCGAUCGGGUUCGUCGUCAUGGGCUUCGUCGGCUUCUUCGUCAAGCUCGUCUUCAUCCCCAUCAACAACAUCAUCGUCGGCUCCGGCUAAUUUGGUCCCCACGCCUACAAGCACAGCAGCACAUCGCUGGACAGCAGUCCUCCACAUCCGCCGCCUCGAGCCGCCGUCCCGCGCCUUCGACCUCAAGAUCCAGGCGCUCACGGAGGAGAUUGAUCCGCCGACCUUCGCAGUAGGAGACGCCAUCGUCCUCGUCC